UUUAUAGCGGAUGCUCCAUGCCCACUGGCAUGGAGGAGAUCGAGCCAUUGAGAUGGAGGGAGAGACGGAGAUCGAGCCACUCGUCAACCCCGCCGAUCCCAUGAAAGCCGACGAUCCCAGUCGUCCGAUCUACAGAUCCGCCACCGGCGGGUGGACCGCCGCCCUCUACAUCAUGGGGGCGGAGAUAGCGAAGGAGUCGGCGUACUGCGGUGUGUCGCUGAAUCUGAUCAACUAUCUGACGGGACCGCUUGGGUCGACGGCGGCGGCGGCGGUGGCGUUGAACGUGUGGUCUGGGGUGUCGUGCAUGCUGCCGCUGGUGGGGGCGUUCGUCGCCGACUCCUAUCUGGGCCGCUAUCGGACCAUCGUACUCGCCUCCCUCCUCUACCUUCUGGGACUAGGCAUGCUGACCCUCUCCUCCAUGCUGCCAACCAUCGAUCCUUCUAAAUGCAAUGACACUGGAGAUUUUACAGCUUGUCCCCAGCCUCAAUUCCAAGCAAUAGUCUUCUACUUCUCCCUAUAUCUAGUUGCAUUUGCGCAAGGCGGCUGUAGCCCAUGUAUUCAAGCACUCGGAGCCGAUCAGUUCGACGAGAAUAGCCCGCAGGAAUGCAAGGCCAGAAGCUCCUACUUCAAUUGGUGGAACUUAGGAGUGUUCGUAGCUUCCUUGAUCACUAACCUACCACUGAACUACAUACAAGACAAUAUCAGUUGGACCCUUGGAUUUGGAAUUCCAUGGUUCUUUAUGGCCGUAUGUCUCGCCAUUUUCUUGCUUGGAACCAGAUUUUAUCGCCGUCAUCUAAUAGGAGACAAAAAUCCCUUCGCUGAGAUCCGGAAAGCAUGUGUCGCAUUGAUUACGGCCAGUUGGCAAAGGACAUCAUUCGCCACAUCCAAAAAUGGAGCAGGAGAAGCACUUCUUCCACGUGCAUCUCAACAUACCGGGCACUCUGGUUGUUCUCAACAUGAGAGCAUGGACGAAGUAGGUCAAGAAGAAGAAGCAAAGGAAUUGCUCCAAUUGUUUCCUAUUGGGGCAACCUGCUUAACUACUGCUGCUAUUUUUUCUCAGGCAACGACACUCUUUACCAAGCAAGCCAGCACAUUGGAUAGGAGAAUAGGGACCGGCUUCCAAGUGCCACCAGCAUCACUAGGGAGCUUCGUCGCAAUCUCCACCAUCGUGUUCAUUCCAAUCUAUGAUCGAGUCAUUGUCCCAAUAGCUAGAAAUUUUACAGGAUGGCCGACGGGCAUCACCAUGCUUCAACGAAUCGGCACGGGAAUAUCCCUCUCGGUGAUUAUGAUGGUGGUAGCGGCUCUGGUGGAGAUGAAGAGGCUUCAAACUGCUAGAGAUUUUGGUUUGGUUGAUGUGCCUGAUGCUACCAUUCCUAUGAGUAUCUGGUGGUUGCUUCCUCUAUAUGUCCUCCAUGGGAUUACGAUUGUCUUUUUCUUCAUUGGGUUGCAAGAAUUCUUCUACGACCAAGUACCUGAUGAAAUGAGAAGUCUUGGUGUCGCUCUGCAUGCAAGUGUCGUUGGCAUUGGCGAGUUACUUAGUGGUUUCCUUGUCUCUGUGAUUGACGAGGUGACAAGAAGCAGAGGAGAGAGCUGGUUCUCCAACAACUUGAACCAUGCCCAUCUUGAUUACUUCUAUUGCCUCCUUGCUGGACUCAAUUUGAUACAAUUAGGACUCUAUCUCUGCGCUGCACAAUCCUAUGUAUAUAAGAAAAAAGUACCGAUCGCACAGUGAUUGCUUGCUUUCUUUUUUGCAAUGGACAUGAUUGAUUGUAUAAAGCUUUAUAACAAGAUCAUAAUCCGUUGGCACA